AGCUGUUUGAAGAGCGUUUGGUGGAGCCACAACACUUUUAUUCCGCCGAUGGAUCCACCUUGUAAUCAGUGAGAUUUUCUCAUAAUAAGUGAGAUUUUAUGUACAAUUUAACCGAAGCUGUUUUGUAGAAAUUCAAUUGUGUCUGUGUUUGUCUUGUGUCUUUUUCUCUUCCUUUUUGUUUUAUUUUCUCUUCUGGGCAACAAUUAUGGUGGAACCAAAACUGAUUGAUAUCAAAAGCUCAUCGACAGCUGAAGAUAAAUCUGAAGCGGUGGAGGAAAGUCCGUGUGAUCGGUGGUUAAAAAGACGAGAACCAGUAAGUGUUCAAGAAACGUUGGAUGAGAAAGUGAAGGAGUUUGAAAGAUUCAACGAAAUGCUCUGCGAGGAAUCAGAAAAGGAGCUUAAAUCGAUUCGGCAUAAACAUCUUGUGGCCACUUUGAAGAGAUUACAGUCUUACAAGGAAGAAUACGACCAACUGUUCACUGGGAUUAACCGACACGAAAAUGAAACGGAAUCGAAAGGUCGUAGCUAUCAGGAUAAACUGAGCGAGAUCGAGAAGACAGUUAAACAGGCGGUGGAAGAGGCGAAAAAAGCAAACAGUGUUCCAAUUGAUCAGUUUAACUCGACAGUUGAUGUAAAUUGCAAUGUCGAGGUUCCGUCUAAGGUUGAAGAUGUUGGCCAGAAAAUGAACGAACCCAUCGCCACGGACUCAGUAACUGAUGCAAAAACUAAUUCCACCGAAUCCAGUGAUCUCAAAGGCUCAGCCGAAGCUGAAACAUUCAGUGCAUAUGUGAAACUACAAAGAUUUUGCAUUGACUUUGAAAACUCUUUGCAAAAUUUUAACAAUGAUAUCAAAUUGAAAAAUUAUCGAAAUGAUUUGAAACUAUUCAUCCGAACUCUCAUCAACACCAUCGCGAAAAACUCUGUUGAAGAUUCGACAAAAGCCAGCCAAUUGAAUCGAUUGUUUAGUAAACAAUCAGUUAAUUAUCAGAAUUGUCAUCUUGACUGUAAUUCACACCCUGAUGCUCUUAAUUUUUGCUUCAGUUUUGCUGCUCAGACUUCAGUUGCGGCGGUGAUUAAACAAGCCUCAUCCGGCAAUCCAGCAGCAACCGCUUUUCCUACCGGCGCUUUCAUCGGAAUGAUCUGGUCUAAAUAUCCUACUUUCGGUAAACUUUUCCUUGGUUUACUUCAAGAAAAAUGUCCCUUUGUGAUCCCUUAUUAUCCGAAGAGAGAGAAUGAUGAAAGUGAAACGGAUCAUUUAAUCACCAGUGGCUAUUGCAUUUCCAAGGAUGGAACUCUUGAACCCGAAGACUCAUAUUUGAAACGAAUGAAAUCCAUGAUUGGAAUCUACGGAAUAAUAUUACAAUCGAACAUAAAAAAUCACCCUCGAGGUAUUAAAUAUGCGUGGAAUUGGUUAGCGAGUGUUUUGAGACUCCCUCCUCAGCCUUUAAUCACUGCCGGGGUUUUACUCGCCUUUCUACAAACCACCUCAUUUAAAUUGUAUAAUAUUUAUGGAAAACAAUUUGUAAAACUGUUGAAUUUCAUCGAAACCAUUUACACACCGAUGAUCGCUUCUUCUACCGGCAAAGAGGUUACAAGACAAACUCUGGUCAGUUUGGAAGUGUUUGUCAAAGAAUCAAUCGAUAAGUCAAGAAGAUUCAAUUGUCUAGAUGAACCUUUAGGACUAAUUCGAGUUGUUCCGGAAAACUUUUAAUUUCAGAAUUUGGUCGUUUCUUGUCUCCAUCAUUUUCAUCUUUCCAACGGCCAUCUUUGAAUCUCUCUUUCUCUCUCUCUCUCUCGCUCGAUAUUAUUUCAGAACAAAUCAAAACAUAAUUCAAAUUUUAAUGUAAAUAUAUUAAUGUAAUACUUUCUGAUGAUCUUCAGUCUAGUUUAUGAUAUGUUAUGUUUUUUUUUGUUUUCGUUGAUUAUAAUUGGUCUGAGAUCAAUUGAUUCAUUUGAAAUUGAAAUUAUAUAAAUGAUGAGUUCACAAGA